UUCUCUCUCUUCCGGUUCUACCUCCUAAAGAAAAAUGGCCUCCCACAUCGUUGGAUAUCCUCGCAUGGGCCCCAAGAGAGAGCUCAAGUUUGCAUUGGAAUCCUUCUGGGAUAAGAAGAGCAGUGCUGAGGAUUUGAAAAAGGUCGCAGCCGAUCUGAGGUCUUCCAUCUGGAAGCAGAUGGCCAGUGCUGGCAUCAAGUAUAUUCCUAGCAACACAUUCUCUUACUAUGAUCAGGUGCUUGAUACAACCGCGAUGCUUGGCGCUGUUCCCCCUAGAUAUGGUUGGACAGGUGGUGAGAUUGGGUUUGACACUUACUUCUCCAUGGCUAGAGGAAAUGCCUCUGUACCUGCUAUGGAGAUGACCAAGUGGUUCGACACCAACUACCAUUUCAUUGUCCCUGAGUUGGGACCUGAGAUCAAGUUCUCAUAUGCUUCCCACAAGGCUGUUGAUGAAUAUAAGGAGGCUAAGGCGCUUGGAGUAGAUACCGUUCCAGUCCUUGUUGGCCCUGUGUCCUAUUUGUUGCUCUCAAAACCUGCAAAGGGUGUCGAGAAAUCAUUUUCUCUUCUCUCCCUCUUAGACAAAAUCCUUCCAAUCUAUAAGGAAGUUGUUGCCGAGCUAAAGGCCGCUGGUGCAUCAUGGAUUCAGUUUGAUGAGCCCACCCUUGUGAAGGAUCUUGAAUCUCACCAAUUGCAAGCAUUCACUGCUGCCUACUCUGAGCUAGAAUCAGCUUUGUCAGGCCUGAAUGUUAUUGUCGAGACUUACUUUGCUGAUGUUCCAGCUGAGGCAUUUAAAACCCUCACCAGCCUGAAGUGUGUCACUGGUUUUGGUUUUGAUCUGGUUCGCGGAGCACAAACUCUUGAUUUGAUUACAAGUGGAUUCCCGUCAGGAAAAUACCUCUUUGCUGGAGUGGUUGAUGGAAGAAACAUAUGGGCCAAUGAUCUUGCUGCAUCUCUCAGCCUGCUGCAGACUCUUGAGGGCAUCGUGGGUAAAGACAAGCUUGUUGUUUCCACCUCUUGCUCACCACCUCUUGCUCACCAUUCCACAUUUUUGAAGUGAAUAGUGCUGGUGGGCCCUACCACUAGCCAAAGCAAUUUAUAAUCCUGAUUUCUCUCUUCUUUCCACCGAAUUCCACUCAAUUUGUCUCCACUCCUGUUUGCAUUUUUCUCUUUUUUUUUUCUUUCUUUUGCCUUUUCUUAUCAUGACAUCCACAUGAGUUUGUCCCUCUCUUUCCUCCGUUUGCUUUCAAAAUUAAUUAUUAUUAUUUUUUUCUUUAUUUAUUUUAUUUUAUCCAAAAAAAGAAAAAAAAAGAAAACCUUCUAUUCAUUCAAUCUCAUUUUUCUGCUCAGUCUUGUACCUUCAAGCCAUUUAGAUUUGCACAAUACACUCAUUUUAUUUCUAUCGGGACUUCGCCCUGAUCACCAUUCUACACCA